AUGAAAAUGUCAACACAAUAUUCGAAGGCAUUUAUUUUUCUAAUUUUUUUGGGAGUAUUUGCACGUGACACGUCAGCUAGAAAACUCCAGGGAGAUGCAGUAGCUACAGUCUUUGAGAUUCCUGUUGAAAAUGGCGUAGGAUUUGGUCAAAUUAUAGGAGGAGCUGGUGGCAGUAGUGAAGGUGGCGGCGGCGGCGGUGGUGGAGGUGGUGGUUUUAGUGGUAUAGGUGCAGGAUUUGGAUUUGGCUUCGGUAGUGGCCAGGGAUCAGGUAAUGGCGGUAGCGGCGGCAGUGGUGGAGGUGGCGGUGGAGGCGGAGAGAAUGGUGGUAAUGGUUAUGGAUUUGGUAUCGGAGAAGGUUUCGGCGGUGGUGGAAUUUGAUUCAAUAAAUUUGCAUGGGGGAGUUGGAAUAGGAUGAACACGAGCCAAUGCAUGGAGUACAAGUCAUGAUGCAUGCAUUAAGUACUAUUCAUGCAUGCUUCUACUUCUUCUUUUCUUUCUUAGCUUAAUGUUAUGUACUUUGUGUUUCCAAUUGGUAAUAUAAUA